CCCUUGGCCGUAAGGAGAUAUUGCUGCUUAGGAAACAGGUACUUCAGACGACUUCGUGGCAAUGAAGAUUCCCGUGUUUACUUUCCUCACAUGCUACACCGUUUGCUUCAUACCGAGGGAUGGUGAUGCGUUGUCAUCACACCAACGCUGCUCAUCGAUGCCGGGUGAAGAUGACGACUGCGAGAGUGAUACUAAUAAGUGGUUUUAUAACAAACAACAAGGAGCAUGUGAAAAUUUCAAGUACGGAGAUUGUCCACGAAAUCAAAACAUAUUUGACAGCGAGAAAGAAUGCACAGAGACUUGCAAGGACGUAGGGAAAGGCGGUCAGAAGACAAGUGGCGGCGGGUUCAGUGCCCCAGGGUCCGGUCGCCAUAAGAGACCAGCGAAGCCAAAAGGAUCCGAAGAAGAGGAGACGGGCAUCGGCAGCGAGCCUGCGGAUAAACCAAAGGGCGGUGGCGGUGCGAAGGGGGGCCCCAAGACCAAACCAUUGCCACCCUCAAGACCAAUGAGACCCCCCCGUGUAAGACCAACUCUGCCACCCCCAGGCAAACCUGAUAUCAAGGGAACCUGUUGGUCGAGACCACGAAGGGGGAAAUGUGAAGGUGAUACUGAGAAAUGGUGGUUUGACGGAACGUUCAGAAUGUGCGACCGAGUCAAACAAUGGGAAUGCUCAAACCACGGAUCAUUCUUCGAGAGCUGCACUGACUGCAUGAACAAAUGCAAUCGUCGAAAUGUGAGCCGCUGCACAUACUGGGAGGCAAAGUAUAAAACAAGAUAACAACAGACCUGGGUGCGGUGUUCACUUCGGAUGUGCACUGCUAUACGAGUAGACUGUAAACGAUCCGAAUAAAGUUCUUUUAAUGAGCGAAAU